AUGGCCGACUUCAAGUUAUCAGCCACCCUUCGCGGUCACGAGGACGAUGUCCGAAGCGUCGCAUUCCCCUCGCCUUCCUCCAUCGUCUCUGCGUCGCGAGACUUUACAGUACGGACCUGGGCACAGCAGUCACAAAGCCCGCCAACAUGGGAUAGCACCAUCAAGACACACGGCAAGGAAUUCGUCAACUCGCUCGCCAUCGUACCGCCCACGUCGUCGUUUCCCGAGGGCCUGGUCGUGUCGGGCGGCAAAGACCAGAUCAUCGACGUGCGGCGGCCGACCAAGAACCUCGAUGACGAUGCAGACGCUCUUCUGAUCGGACAUGGCAAUAACGUAUGCGCGCUGGACGUCAGCGAGGAUGGAAAAUACAUUGUCAGCGGCAGCUGGGACAUGGAGGCGCGGCUAUGGCAAGUAGGCAAGUGGGGCGAAUCUACAGUGCUGCAGGGUCACUCUGCAUCGGUGUGGGCUGUCCUUGCUUACGACAGCGAUACCAUCAUCACCGGCUGUGCAGACAAGCAGAUCCGCAUAUUCCAGCCUUCGAGCUCCGCAUCUCCGGUACGCUCGAUCCAGGCACCUGAAGUUGUCCGCGCCCUCUGCCGAUUACCUCCGGAUCAUCCCUCGGGUGCCCAGUUCGCAUCCGCAGGGAACGAUGCUGUCAUUCGCUUAUGGACGCUCAACGGACAACAGGUGGCGGAGCUGCACGGCCACGAGAACUUCAUCUACUCUCUGGCUGUCCUCCCCAACGGCGGCCUGGUGAGCGCCGGUGAAGAUCGGACAGUACGGAUAUGGGAAAACAAUCAGUGCAUACAGACCAUCACCCACCCAGCCAUCUCGGUAUGGACCGUGGCUGUAUGCAAGGAGAACGGCGACAUCGUCACUGGUGCGAGCGAUAAGCUUGCGCGUGUCUUUACUCGUGACCAGUCUCGUUAUGCUGCUGAGGCUGAGAUUCAACAAUUCAACGACGAUGUCAAGGGCUCCUCGAUACCACAGCAGACCGUGGGAGACAUCAACAAAGAGCAACUGCCCGGCCCGGAGUUCCUCACACAGCGAUCGGGCACCAAGGAGGGGCAGGUCCAGAUGAUCAAGGAGAUGAACGGCAACGUUUCUGCAUAUCAAUGGUCCGCAGCUGCAAAUCAGUGGGUGAAUGUUGGAACAGUCGUCGAUUCGGCGGGGAGCGGUGGACGCAAGAUCUCGCAUGCCGGCAAAGAAUAUGAUUACGUUUUCGACGUUGACAUCGAAGACGGCAAGCCUCCACUGAAGCUACCUUACAACCUCAACCAGAACCACUACGAAGCUGCGCGCAAGUUCAUUGAAGACAAUGAGCUUCCGCUCACAUACCUCGACCAAGUCGCGAACUUCAUCAUCCAGAACACACAAGGUGCAACGCUAGGGCAAAGCAGUGCUCAAGGCACGGAUCCGUGGGGUUCGGAGGCACGGUACCGGCCCGGCGACGCCAAUCAAGUCGCGACCCAGCCUCCACCAGCGCCACCAGCCACUAAGAUACUUCCGCAAAAGGAUUACCUUCCUAUCACAACUGGAAACCACAAGGUCAUUUUCAAGAAGCUUACAGAAUUCAAUGAGGCCUUGGUGAACGAUGGACAGAAAGGCAUCUCGCUGAAUCCGCCGGAUGUCGAGCAACUGAACGCGACUGUCACAGCAUUGGAGAAAGGAAAUGGCAAGGGCAUCGACAUAACAGGUGUGGAACUCCUUGUCAAAGCGGCAACACAAUGGCCGGCAGAGAAGCGUCUACCUGCACUGGACUUAUUACGACUAGUCCUCGCUUUCGAGGAACCAGCAACCUUCCUAGUGUCGCCUGAGCAGAACCUAUUGCCAAACCUUCUUGAAUCAGGGGUCUUCACGGAAUCUUCCCCACCCAACAACACAAUGAUGGCCAUACGAUGUCUCAGCAAUCUCCUUCAAACCGAAAAGGGAAGACUACUUGCCAGCACAGAGUUUGAUAACAUUCAUCCACUAGUAUCGCCUUUCCUGACAUCUACGAACCGAAACUUGAUCAUUGCGCUCACAACGCUGUACAUCAAUUACUCAGUACUGCUCAACUCUGAGAACAACGCGGACCGUGCGCUUUCAUUGCUCGACGAUUUAUCCAAGGUUCUCACUACGGCUACCGACUCCGAGGCCGUGUAUCGCGCGCUUGUGGCUACAGGCACUUUGCUUUGCCUAGGCCCUGACUUCUGUGAGGCUGGUAGGGACAUUUUACAGAUAGGCGAUGCGAUUACCCGCGCCGAACAGAAGGUCAAGGAACCGCGCAUUCGGAACGUGGUCGCUGAGAUUCGGCAAAGGUUACAAGGCUAG